UUUAUCUCAGAUAUUUUAUAGGUAUGUUUACAUUGCAACUCAACAAAUCACAGUUUUACUUCUUUAAUGUUUUAAAUUCAAACAAGUUGCAUAAUCCCAGCGGCUGGUAAAAGAGUUGUGCUGAAAUUCUUCAAACUGACCUUUUUCUGCUCUCUCUGCCACAGUUAAUAUUUUCAUGGCUCUUUAUUGGAGCUGUUCCUCGGCUCCAGCUUCAUAAAGGCUUUUAAAGCCCUCCUCCAGCAGAUGGAUGCGUUUCAGGUCACAGCUUCAGCCAAGUUGGCGAGUCAAUCCCAAAUGUGGUUUUAUGAUCUACGCUCCAUCCUGCAGCGAUGGCAUGCUCGUGUGAAACUGUGCCCACUCAGACAUUUUUCAGCCCUGUCCGUCUUUCUGGUGUUGUUUGAGUCUGUUUUGCCCUGUUUUGCGUUUCCUGUAGGAGCCGUAACGAUGCAGGCAGCUGCAACUGUGCUGAGCGUUUUCCUCAGCUUGGACUUCCUGUCAGCUCAGUCCCAGUCAGACCGCAUGAACAGCAGCAACGUUCAGACUGGUGAGACUGGGAGGAAGAAUCAGCCGCACAUCAUCUUCAUUCUGAUCGACGACCAAGGCUACAACGACAUCGGCUACCACAACCCCACCAUCAUAACCCCAACUCUGGACAAACUGGCAGCAGAGGGCGUGAUACUGGAGAACUACUACGUUCAACCGAUCUGCACGCCGUCACGCAGCCAGCUGAUGACCGGCAGAUAUCAGAUCCACACAGGAUUACAGCACUCCAUCAUCAGACCCAGGCAGCCCAGUUGUUUGCCCUCACACAUGGACACGCUGCCCGAGAGGCUCCGCCAGGCCGGCUACGCCACACACAUGGUGGGCAAGUGGCACCUGGGCUUCUACAGGAAGGCCUGCCUGCCCACCAGAAAAGGUUUCGACUCUUUCUUUGGUUCAUUAACAGGAAGUGUGGAUUAUUACAACUAUCGGUCCUGUGACGGCCCUGGUUUGUGUGGCUAUGACCUGCAUGACAAUGAGAGCGUCGCAUGGGGCCAGGAGGGAAAAUACUCUACGAUGCUGUUCACCCAGAGAGCCAGGAAGAUCCUGGAGAGUCGCAGCCCGAUGGACGGGCCGCUCUUCCUGCUGCUGUCCCUGCAGGCAGUUCACACUCCUCUGCAGCCUCCCAAGUCCUACAUCUACCCCUACCGCAACAUGGCUAACGUCGCCAGGCGCAAGUUCGCCGCCAUGGUUUCCACGGUGGACGAAGCCGUCCGAAAUGUGACCUACGCCCUCAGGAAGUAUGGAUACUACAGGAACAGCGUGAUCAUCUACUCCACCGACAACGGAGCCCAGCCUUUCACCGGAGGGAGCAACUGGCCGCUAAGAGGGAGGAAGGGCACGUAUUGGGAGGGCGGGGUGCGCGGCGUGGCGUUCGUCCACAGCCCGCUGCUGAAGAGAAGGAAGCGGGUCUCCAGAGCUCUGCUCCACAUCACGGACUGGUUCCCCACACUGGUGGGACUGGCCGGCGGCAACAUAACCCAGAGCCAAGGUCUGGACGGGUUUGACGUUUGGCCCGCCAUCAGCGAGGGGAAGGAGUCUCCGCGAAAAGAGAUUCUGCACAACAUCGACCCGCUGCACAAACAUCCUACUGAAUCCAAGAGUCGGGACGACAAGCCCAGGAAGAAAGCAGCUGCAGAAAUCCCGUCCAAAGGAGCGGCGUUUCAAAACCCGAAGAAGAAGCAGAAGAAAGUUCUGAAGCAGAAACUGGAUAAAAAGUCUGGAUUCAGGUUAAAAACCACCAAGAAACCUCAGAUUUUUCCCCAUGAGUCUGCAAAGAAAUCCAAGCCUGUUCCCAAGCUAAAGCUGAAGUCUGGCCCAAAAGCCAAGACGAAACCAGAACCCGAGCUGCAGCCUGGAAUCCAGUCCGGCGGAGCUCCAUCUGGCACUUUCCACCGCAAAUCCAAAACCAAAUCCAAGAGAACCACGUCACAGAACCACAACCUGUCCCAGUCCAGAUCGGCUCACACCAAACCAAAGAAACCGCUCAAAGAGCAGCAAACACCAAAACCCAAGCAGACCUUCGACCAGAACCAGAACACAUCUCAGUCUGGAACCCCGACACUGCCUCCGCUGUGGGACACGUCUGUCCAGGCCGCCAUCCGGGUCGGAGACUGGAAGCUGCUGACCGGAGAUCCGGGUCACGGAGACUGGGUCCCUCUGCAGAUGCUUCCCACGCUUCCCGGCCGCUGGUGGAACCUGGAGCGUUCCUCCUCGCCGCUCUCCAAGCCGCCCAGCCUGAAGACUGUCUGGCUCUUCAAUAUCAGGUCCGACCCGUUCGAGCGGCGGGACCUGGCGGACCAGAGGCCAGACGUGGUCCAGCAGCUGCUGGAGCGGCUCGCCCACUACAACCGGACCGCCGUACCGGUGUACUUCCCCCCCGACGACCCGCGGGCCAACCCCAGCCGGCACGGCGGGGCCUGGGCACCCUGGGUGGACGGAGAGGAGGAGGCGAAAUAUCAGGGAGUCUACAAGAAAGGUAAGAACGCCAAGAAGAAGAAGAAGAAGAAGAAGUGCCGGCUGUGCAAGCUGAAGUCGUUCUUCCUGAAACUGAACACGGGGAUGAUGUCCAACGGCAUCUGAGGGCCUGAAGUAACACCAGAGACUCCAAUAUAUAGUUUUUAUUCAAAAUGUCUGUUAUUUUAUGUCCAGGGUGGAUUAAAAAUGAGAUGUGAUCUGGC